ACUUUUAAUCUUCAAGUCACCUAUAUAUACCCCUAAAUACCAUAAAUGUAGACCAUAUUCUCCUACAUUCAAUUUGUAUUUUUAUAAAACCAUUUCAAUGGGGGAAGAAGCUUUUGAGUCGACAAUCAAGGUCACAAUAAGUGAUGAGAAAAUUCACUCUAAAGAUGUUGCCAAGAAAUCAAUAUCUUCUACUUCCCUAUUGACUAAACUUCAUGCAGGCUAUUUCAGAAUUACCCUCUCUCUAGGUGGUCAAGCUUUGUUAUGGAAAAUUCUAACUGAACAUUUGGUCAAAUCACAAACAUUUAAACACAAAUAUCACUCACUCCCUUCAACUACUUUCCUUCUACUAUGGUGGAUUUCACUUUGUACCCUUAUGAUCCUCUCUUUUCUCUACAUUUUAAGGUGCAUUUUUCACUUCCAAUUAGUGAAAUCAGAGUUCUUGCACCCUGUUGGUGUCAAUUAUCUCUUUGCACCAUGGAUUUCUUGGCUUCUAUUACUCCAAUCAGUGCCAUUCACAAUCCCAAAUCUUGAUUCUUGCCAAGUCUUAUGGUGGAUUUUCGUUGUCCCCGUUGUGAUUCUUGAUGUGAAAAUUUAUGGACAAUGGUUCACUACUGAGAGGAAGUUCUUGUCAAUGGUUGCAAAUCCAACAAGUCAACUUUCUGUUUUGGGAAAUUUGGUUGGUGCUUGGAUAGCUAGCCAAAUGGAGUGGAAGGAAAGUGCAAUUUGCAUAUUUACACUUGGAUUAGCACACUAUUUAGUUGUGUUUAUCACGCUUUAUCAACGAUUAUCGGGUAGUAAUCACCUUCCUGCCAUGCUUAGGCCUUCAUUUUUCUUGUUUGUGGCUGCACCUAGCAUGGCUAGAUGGUAA